AUGACCCAGAUAGUCUCUGGGGCCGACUUCUACGGACCCGGAUCAUGGAUUGACUCGGAAGCUCUCCCGGUUCCUGAAGAUGCAAAGAGGCUCAUGCAGAUACUGGCAAAUUCCACGCCGGGCUUCACAAAGGAUCCAGUGGCCUUGAACUCAGUCACAUUCACGGGGUCUCCAGAGACAAUCAUCCCCGGUCCCUUGAAAUCUGCUGUCAUCGCCGGAGCCCUUCAUGCCUUGGCCGGCAUAGUUGCGAACGAGAUCCUGGAAAUAAGGGAUGGACAAGAUCCCACGCGUGGUGUCAGCGUCGACACCGAUCACGCGGCCAUCUGGCUGGGAAGCCUCGGCAUGACCAAGCGGAACGGCCAGGCCGUGCGUGAGAUUGCCAAGGAGGGCAAGCUGGGUUCCAUCUUCCCCAAGGAUCUGGAGAAAGACACGUUCGCGACACCGCUCAGGCUACGAGCAACGGCAAGUUACGAGACCAAAGACCCCGGCGUUUGGUAUCAACUGCACGGGUCCCUCGACGCGGACCCGACGUUGCGGCUGAUUGGCCUGGACCCGGCGACACAAUGCGACAGUAACGAUAAGGCAGUCAAGACCAUCGCUGAGCACGUCCGUAGGUACAGUGCCAACGAGCUGGAGAUGAUGUACGUGUCUCGGGGCCUCUGCGGCAGCAUCUGCUACACGCCGGCCGGAUGGUGCGAAACGCGCAUGGCUCAGGACCUUGACAGGCAUCCUCUGAUCAAUUAUUCACAGCAGACCCAUGCCGUCCCCACGCCUGCCAUACCCCUGAGCAUAUUCUCUGAUAAGCGACCCCUCGCUGGGAUCAAGGUCGUUGAGCUGGUUCGUGUCAUUGCAGGUCCUGUCAUCGGGACGACCUUGGCUGCUUUUGGGGCUGAUGUCAUUCGCGUCAACUGCGGACGCCUCCCAGACUUUAACUCACUCCAAUUAACGCUCAACGCUGGUGUGCGAACAGUGGAUGUUGAUCUUGCCAAGGAUGAAGACGUCGAAAGAUUGUGGGCCCUCAUCCAGGACGCAGAUGUCUUUGUCCAAGGUUAUCGGCCCGGUGUGAUCGCCCGGAAAGGUCUUAGUCUCCACAGCCUUCUUGAGAUGGCAGGCAAGCGGGGGAAGGGUAUUGUUUACGUGGAGGAGAAUUGCUACGGGCCCGACGGUACCAUGGCCGAGCGGCCUGGCUGGCAACAGGUCGCCGAUGCAGCCUCCGGAUGCUCAUACGUGACGGGGCGAAGUCUCGGCCACACGGAUGGCACGUGUGUCCUGCCUGCGCUGCCCGUCCCGGACAUGCUGACCGGAUUGAUCGGGGCUAUCGGCACCAUGAUGGCCAUCAGAGACCGCACAAAGCAGGGAGGAUCGUACCACGUCUUCGCCUCGCUGAUGGCCGCGGCCUCUCUCCACCUUAAGCCCGAACUGGGACUGUACGCUCCGACUGUCGUCCAGAAGUGCACUGAAAAGUUCAAAUGGGACGAGAUGGGUCCUGAUCUGUUUGUGCUCGAACUGCUGGACGUGGCUCUCAAAGGGUGGAAGGAUGUUAUGCCCGCGUUCUUUGCAAAUGACUCUCAGUAUACGACGAGAUUGAAAGGUGAUUGGGGCGAUUUCGAGCUGCUAAAACCGGUCGCGAAACUGGCCAGCGUCGAGGCCUCGCCGCACCAUACCACGGCGCCUGAGCCAAACUGCUACCGUCCAAGCGAUGCAGUCUCGUGGCUAUAA